CGAAAAUUUGUUCUGCCGAUGAAGAUGAUGUGCCUAAACGGGUCGAUGUCCCCUUUCCACGCACGGCUUUGUUGAGAAUAGAUUGGCAAAACUGACAACAAAAAUGACGAAAAUGAACAAGAAGACCGAGGCCACAAUGAAUGACAAAGAUGACCAAAGCAGCAGCAUCGGCAACAACAUCAGUAUCCCUACGCUUGACUUGGGAGAUCCUGAUGCUGCCCAAAAACUCGCGGCCAUUGGCCGCAACGUGGGGUUCUUUUAUCUCGAGGGACACGGCCUCUCUCCGGAUUAUAUCGACUCCGUAUUUGCAGCCAGUAAAGCCCUCUUUGAUUUGCCUCUGGAAGAAAAGACAAAGCUCUCCGAUCAUACCAUGAGUCGGGGCUAUACCGCCAUGCAAGAGGAGACGCUCGAUCUCGCGAACCAAACAGAGGGCGACACCAAAGAGGGAUACUACAUUGGCAGGGAUGUACCCGUGGGAGAUCCUCGCUACGACCCGGCCAAGUUGCGGGGGCCAAAUCAAUGGCCGGAGUCGUCCCUACUGCCGAGCUUCCAACCGAUAAUGGAGGACUAUCAUUCCCGAGCGACGGCCGUUGCCAUGCGCGUCGUCCGACUCUUUGCUCUGAGUCUGGGCUUGGAGGAAACACAUUUUGACGCCGACUUUGAAGAAUGGUAUGGAUUGCUAAAUCGCAUGAUGACUUGCGUAAUAACACAGAAGGUCAUAGAGCUAGCUGGCAAUUGUUCCGCGAGAGUGAUAGGAUCGACGGCAAAGAUACGAAAACGUUCUAUUCCUAAUUCUCACUAAUGAUGCUUGUUCUUUUCGUUAUUCAUUUCGGUCCAUCCUUGGAAAAAUGCACAAAGCGUUGCCACACUGCGGCUCCUUCACUAUUCUGGGCGUCCAUCGGAUCCUGAUAAAGGAAUUUACGCCUGCGGUGCUCAUUCCGACUACGGGAUGGCGACCCUCCUCCUGACGGACAAGAAUCCGGGCCUCCAAAUCUACUAUCAGGAGGAAUGGAUCGACGUUCCUCCGCGGCCGCAUUCCUUUGUGGUGAACCUAGGAGGUAAGUGAAAGAAGCUAGACCGACGCAAAACUAAGCAGGACAACACAUCUGUGUGUCUCCGUUUAUUCUACUGUUACUAGCAGCAUAAACCUAAAGUAGACACAAGACCCGUCGCAAUUGGAAUGAUUCAAAAACAUGCAUUGUAUCCCUCAUUUUUUUCCUGUAACUUUCAAAUUGCGAAGACCUGCUGGAAGUAUGGACGAAUGGCAUUUACAAGUCCACUCUCCAUCGAGUCUUGACAAAAGCUCCCUGCGACGAAGACCGCUAUUCGAUUCCCUUCUUUUUUGAUCCUGUAUAUGAGACCGUGGUAGAAUGCCUGGAAACGUGCACUGAUGCAUCGAAUCCGCCCAAAUAUCAACCCACCACGGCCGGUAGGUAUUUGAUCUCAAAGUACGAGGGAACACACGCUGACUUCCAACAGGACACUACUCCUGGGCAACCGUAGACACAGUGGAAUCGAUCUUCAAUUUGUUCGAAACACUAGUAGUAUAAGUUAUUUAUGCAUUGUGUAAAUAGCUAAUUUCCUCCGUGCUGCUAGUGAUGAGCAAGAGAGAGUAAGCAGUUUGCACUAUUAUUCUACUCGGAUAGUGCGAUGGUUAGCAAUCGUCCCGUUGUUGUGAUUACUGGUUGAAAGUUGGAGUUUAAUACCCGAUCCAAAUCGCAGUCUUCGUUUCCCACUAGAUUCGUUGCUCUUUUGAAGUUUUACAUAUUGUUCUUAUUCCAGAUUUCUCUUUCAAUAAUCCGGCACCUUCAAAAUCCGCAUUCGGAUAUGGAUGAGCCUUCACAUCUCGUUUACGGAAAGAAAUCAAUGGUAGGCAACGUAAUUCUAGCGCGCUGGGUUGUUUCUGAUCACAAAACAUCAACAAGCAACAUAUGAAAUGCUUGCCGAUAACAGGCACAAAUAACUGGCAUAAGAACAC